AUGUUCAUAAACACCGCUCUUCAUCUUACAAACCCCGGCUGUCUCUGCUUUCUCCUUGUGAUUUUCUGCAAAACCUUCAUCAAAGGAACUAUACCAGGAAUAUCUUCUGAGGACAUUGAACAGGAUAGAGGAGAGUACACCAGCGAGGAGUUUGUGAGUGUGACAAUGCAAACAACAAAUGGGUCGGUACCUACAACAGUGAAUGGAACAUACACGUCCUCAUUUCUACAUUGUGAUAAGACUUUGAUCCUAAAUCUUCUGAUUGUCAUCAUUGCCCUGGUGGGAAUGGGAGGAAAUGGAGUUGUCAUCAGUCUCCUGGGAUGCUGCAUGCGCAGGAAUGCCAUCUCAGUCUACAUCCUCAAUUUGGCUGCAUCUGACUUCCUGCUCCUCUGUUGUCAGUUUAUUAACUACCUGUUUUCCCUGUGCUAUAAAAUUACUUAUCAUAUCAUUUUCAGCAUAGCACUUAUUCCAUAUAUCGCAGGUCUGAGCAUCCUCAGUGCCAUUAGCGUAGAGCGCUGCCUCUGUGUCUUUCGGCCCAUCUGGUACCGCUGCCACCGUCCAAAACAUAUGUCAGCUGCCAUGUGUGCCCUGCUUUGGACCGUGUCCCUAUUGUUUAGCAUCCUAGAAUGGUACUACUCUGGUUUCUUGUAUGUGUCUUAUAGUUUUGUUCACUGGAGAACGAUUGAUUUUAUCAUAGCUGCAUGGCUGAUUUCUUUACUUCUAAUUCUAUUGGUGUCCAGCCUAUCUCUGAUGAUCAGAAUCCUUUGUGGUUCCAGACGAAUGCCUCUCACCAAGCUCUAUGUGACCAUUCUCCUCACAGUCCUGGUCUUCCUCAUCUGUGGCCUGCCUUUUGGAAUUUACUGGUUCCUACUAUCCUGGCUUCCAGUCCAUUUUUAUUAUUUUUGUCAUUUUUCUUCAGUCCUAAUUGUCCUGUCCUGUAUUAACAGCUGUGCCAACCCCAUAAUUUACUUCUUAAUUGGCUCCUUUAAGGAGCAGCACAACAGUAUCAAGCUGGUCCUUCAGAGGGCUCUACAGGAUUCCCCUUAG